UGUAGUGGCGAGAAAAGGGGGGGCUAGCUGCCGCCGUCUGUCCCGGACAGGGAAAAAAAAGCUAGCUACUGGCGGCGGAAACAGCUGAGGGAAUUUUUUUCUUCAAAAUUGAGGGUUUUUCUUCAAUAAGAUGAAGAUGGCCAUCAUACAGCAGAAGCACAGCACAGCAAAAGUGACAAAAGCAACAGCAUUAUUGCUAACUCACCAUUUACAAAGACUUUCCAAGUUUUACGGGACCAAGCUCAGGUUGACAUUCUGUCCGAGGAAUCAGAGAUCACAGAAAAUCAUUACUGCUGUCCUGGUAUAGUUGAUGUGCUUGUGAAGAACUACAUGGGAAUCAUCCCACUGUGGAGCGGAAUGUUACUUGGCGACUUAACACGGUACAAAACACCCACAUCUGCUGCAACAAAUAAAACAAGCAAAUCAAGAGAAACAAACUGCCAUGUGGAGUUGUGGUUUGGCUUGGUAAAAAAGAACAUCUUGGCCAAAAAAAAGUACCUCAGACCAGCAGACUUCAUCACAAAAUUGUAUACAUCUUUACAAGGUCGGUAUGUUGAACAUGUUAUGCAGCAUGGUCUGCCAGACAAACUUCUGGACCAAACUGUCAGAGUUUUGAAUAAACCGGCAGAUGAUCCCAAAGAAAAAUGGAACAAGAGGGAAAGUUCUGCUGGUCAGACAAAGACCAAAUCCAAGUAUUUCAAUCCCCCGAAGAUAUUACCCAAUCCCAGAACUUCCAAAGGCCCAAAAAAACAAAUCACCAAAGCUGAAGAUGAUAACAAUAAUAAAGAAUCACAGUUAACCUUGCUUUGGAAAAAGAGUGAUACAGAAGUUGUAGUAGCAGUUGUUCCGUCACAAAUUAAAGGUCGGAGCAUUGUGAUUCAUCAUUCUGACUUGUGCACUCUUCGACCACAUCAAUGGUUGACAGGGGAGAUCAUUGAAAGCCUUCUGCAUGUGGCUGCCCAUGCAUUGGGAGUCAUGGACACCUUCUACAUCCUGAAUCACUACUCAGCUGGUGUGAUUUUGUUCGGGGACAGAACUGAGCUUCCUAGACAAAGUUUACCAAAGGUAAACUUUGACAACUAUGAAGCAGUUCUGUCAUUUGUCCUUGUGAACAACAAUCACUGGAAGUUGCUGUACAUCAAUGCAGAAGCCAGAACUGUAUUCCUAAUAGAUCCUGCACAAGUAUCAUCUGAGCUUGUGGACUCCCAAAAGGCAGCUAAAAGAAUACAAGAAUACUUCAAAAUGAGAAGGACAUGCCAUGGAAAAACAGACUGGGUUGGGAUCCAAUGGAAAGGGGGGACAAUGCGCCACCCUAUUCAACAAGACGGAAGCAGCUGUGGAGUUAUUGUAGUCAAAAUGGCAAAAGCACUGAUGGAAGCCUUCCCUCUGAUGCCAGAUGUAGAUUUUGACACAACAAAAAAGGCAAUGAAAAGUGAAAGAAGAACUCUCGCUCUUCAAAUCCUUGAUGCAUCAGUAUUUGAUGACCACUGUUGGUGUGCGAUGUGCGCUGCAUACAAAGCCCCGGGGUCUGGCCCUGGAAUGACAGACUGGAUCCAGUGUGACAACUGUGACCGAUGGUACCAUGCCCUGUGCAUAAAUAUGAAGAGCACAGAAUUUCAAAAGAAAAAAACAGGCAGUUGGAAAUGUGUAUUGUGUAGUUAAUCUGAAAACUAGAAACUGUGUUCAUUAUUGUUCGAAAUACGUUUUGAAAAUAUCUGUGGAAAAUGAAAAUGUAAUAUGUUUGUGUGGCAUUGAUGCUAUGUGUGAUGUAUAAAGUGUACUGGAAUCAUUUCAAAUUGAUAAGUAAUUUUAUGACGUUAUCUGAAAGCUAUUGAGCAACAAUCUUAAACUUUAAGGAAAAGAUUCCUAAAAAUUAUAAAAUAAAAACAUAAAACAUAAAUAAAUGUCUGUGCCUCAUCUAUAGGGACUAUUAGAAUUAUUCCAAAGUGAUUUUGAGUCAAUAGGUCACAUGACCUGGAAGCUAUUGAAG